AUGGUCUGGAUACUCCCACCAUGCCAUGAUGCGAUGAAGGCGGCCAACACCUUUGCGGACCGAGAGCCAGAAGGCACGCUCUUCGGCCACUCGGCACACCCCGACAUAAUCGCCUGUAUGGCCCGGUGGUCAGGUUGGGACGGCCUUAAGAAGGCCGAUAAGGAGGGUCUCAAAAGGGCCGCUCUAAAGCUCAUGGGUCAGAACUGGAAGGCCAUUGAAAGCGCAUCCAAGGGUCAAAAGCCCAAAGUUGCGGUUGAAUGGCGAACGGGGAGCGCGAUCGCCGGCUUGGUCAAAGACAGGACGUCGGGCCAGAUAGGGCACCGCCUGUGGCAACCGUCGCUUCCUCUGUUGGGCCGCGCUCGAGCAAUCAUCUUGCUCGGCGCAGACUGCUUGGCAUGCGACAAGCAGUCGUUUGCCUGGGUCCUGCGGCGCUCGCCCGCCACACUUGUGGUUUGGGCGUACGUGGACAGCGCAGGCACAGCAACGUUCGAGGUCUAUCAGCGCCAGACGCUGAUCAAGAUGCUCGAGGGCAAGCGGGUGGACACGAGGGGAAAGGUGUGGAACCCUGCCGAGCACGAUCUUCCUGGUAACACGCCCAUCACGCUCAGUCUGUAUAAUUGGUACAGCCUCAACGUCAUCGGCGUGUUACCAGGGAGAUUGGGCCGGUCGUAG